AUGGCCUACACCAGCCGCGGCGUCGCCGGCGAAAAAGCCGCCGUGCGCAGCGCCCAGCGCGAGGAGGCGCUCCAGCGGAGAAACGCAGAGCUGGUCCGCCGCCCCAGCGUCGGCGAGCGGCCUCCCGACACCAUGCGCCCCGCCGCGAUACGGUGGGACGUGUUGUUGCUGGGGAAGAAGGGGUACAAGGGCAGGAGGGCGCAGGCGAUGCGGCUGGAGAUGGAUAAGAGGCUGGACAUGGAUGCCGUCGCGAAGGGCAGCUACGUGUUCAUGAGCUGCGACUAUGUCGAGGAGGUCCUCGAUUGGUGUCGGUUUGAGGAGGAGGGGCGGACGGCGACUUUUUGA